AUGGGCCCCUGGCAGCUUGAGGUGGCGGAAGCGCUGGCAGCAGGCGGCCCAGUGGAUUGCGCCCUAUCUAGGGCUGCAGGGCCCCUCCGUGGGACCUCAGGGCUAUUUCUGGCCUGGCGGCUGAGCUGUGGUCGUUGUGGUUGGGGCCUGGCAGGGGUGGGCGCCUUGCCCAGCCCACACCUCCCAUUGCAGAGCAAGCCCUGCGGCCACUCUCUCGCCAUGGGCUCCGGGCCUAGCGAGGCGCUGAGCCCCGGGCUCCUGCUCCUGUCGCUCCUGCUGCUGGCGCCCCCCGGCCGCCCGGCCUGCCCCGCGCCCUGUGCCUGCGCGGGGACACGCGUGGACUGCGGGCGCCGCGGGCUGACGGAGGCCACGCUGCCGCACCACUUCCCUCCAGACACGACGGAGCUGGUGCUGACCGGGAAUAACCUGACGGCGCUGCCGCCCGGGCUGCUGGACGCGCUGCCGGAGCUGCGGGCCGCGCACCUGAGCGCGAACCCGUGGCGCUGCGACUGCGGCCUGCUGCCCUUGCGCGCCUGGCUGGCCGGCCGGCCCGAACGCGCACCCUACCGCGACCUGCGCUGCGCCGCGCCCCCCGCCCUGCGCGGCCGCCGGCUGCCCUACCUGGGCGAGGAAGAGCUGCGCGCCGCCUGCGGCCCGGGCGCCCUCUGUUGGGGGGCGCUGGCGGCGCAGCUCGUCCUGCUGGCGCUCGGGCUUCUGCACGCGCUGCUGCUGGCGCUGCUGCUGGGCCGCCUCCGCAGGCUGCGCGCCCGCGCCAGGCACCGGCCCUCGCUUACCGCCCCGCUGCUGGCCGAGUAGGCGAGAACCAGCGAGUUUUAGAUAGGCGGACUGGCGCUGAGCGAAGUGACCGGGGUCGAGAAGCCCACCCACACCCACCCACCCCCGCCCUAGCCUGGGCCCCUUCCAGGCCACUCUUGUCAGUCUGCUGCAGGCUCUGGCAGCUUCUGGAGGCAGCGAGCCCCAUGCCCUGCACACUUGGGCAGGUACGGGGGUGAACCCGUGCCGAGACCCUUCAGAGUCUCCAGUCCCUUGCCCACCUCCCAGCUUCCUUCCCCAAACUUGAGUGCGGAAUAAAGCCCCUUCUC